AUGGUCAAUAGUACGAGUACUAUAAUUAAUAAACUUCAUAGUGAACUGGAAAUACUACCGUCACAAGAAUUUGUCGAAGCAGCCGAUGAUGAAGACUUUCUCAGUUCUUUACUUUAUGAACUUGGUUUUGGACUAUUGGGUGUAAGACCGGAUUCGUGGGCAGCGCAAUUUCGAGGUGAUCCUAACAUACCAGCGUCUUGUUUUUCUGCUCUAUAUUUAACGGCAACCACCGAGACAACAAGAUCAACUUUGGCUAGUUCAAGAAGAAUUAUAUCCAGAUGUUGUAAUUCUAGAAAGGACUUAUAG